AUGGCGUUCAAAUUUGUUUUGUUGGCUACUCUGGUAGCUGCCGCUAGCGCUGGUCUGCUCCCCGUGGCUCACCACGGAUCGAUCGCUACAUCGCACUCCACCAUCCAGCAUCAUGCUGCCCCAGCUGUCCACCAUGUCGGAUCCAUCCAUGCCGCCCCGGCUAUCUACCAGCACUCCGCUCCGACCAUCGUCAAGACCAUCGCUCAACCCACGAUCAUCAAGUCCGUAGAGCACCAUGCCCCGGCUAACUACGAGUUCUCGUACUCCGUGCACGAUGAGCAUACCGGAGACAUCAAGAGCCAGCAUGAGACCCGCCACGGAGAUGAAGUGCACGGACAGUACUCGUUGUUGGACUCCGAUGGCCACCACCGCGUAGUCGACUACCAUGCCGAUCAUCACUCCGGAUUCAACGCCGUUGUGCGUCGUGAACCGUCGGCAGUGAAGAUCGCCCAGCCAGUCCACAAGGUGAUCGCUCAGCCCGUGCACGUGUCCAGCUAUGCCCAUGCUCCAGUAGCCCACGCUACCGUCCAGCACCACCAUGCUGCUCCGAUCGCGCAUUAUUCCGCCCCGAUCGCGCACCAUGCAGCCCCGAUCGCGCAUCAUGUUGCACCGAUCGCGCACUACUCCGCCCCGAUCGCUCACCACGCUGCUCCGAUCGCCAAGACACAAUCACACAGAACUUCAGUCAGUGAACAAUCCAGCACCUCAAUAAUGGCGUUCAAAUUUGUUUUGUUGGCUACUCUGGUAGCUGCCGCUAGCGCUGGUCUGCUCCCCGUGGCUCACCACGGAUCGAUCGCUACAUCGCACUCCACCAUCCAGCAUCAUGCUGCCCCAGCUGUCCACCAUGUCGGAUCCAUCCAUGCCGCCCCGGCUAUCUACCAGCACUCCGCUCCGACCAUCGUCAAGACCAUCGCUCAACCCACGAUCAUCAAGUCCGUAGAGCACCAUGCCCCGGCUAACUACGAGUUCUCGUACUCCGUGCACGAUGAGCAUACCGGAGACAUCAAGAGCCAGCAUGAGACCCGCCACGGAGAUGAAGUGCACGGACAGUACUCGUUGUUGGACUCCGAUGGCCACCACCGCGUAGUCGACUACCAUGCCGAUCAUCACUCCGGAUUCAACGCCGUUGUGCGUCGUGAACCGUCGGCAGUGAAGAUCGCCCAGCCAGUCCACAAGGUGAUCGCUCAGCCCGUGCACGUGUCCAGCUAUGCCCAUGCUCCAGUAGCCCACGCUACCGUCCAGCACCACCAUGCUGCUCCGAUCGCGCAUUAUUCCGCCCCGAUCGCGCACCAUGCAGCCCCGAUCGCGCAUCAUGUUGCACCGAUCGCGCACUACUCCGCCCCGAUCGCUCACCACGCUGCUCCGAUCGCGCACUCCACCUCCAGCAUCGUUCAUGGACAGAGCCAUCUGAGCCAUCAUCAUUACUAA